AAAUAUUACUUCUCCCAUUAUUUUAUUCGCUCUUUUUUCUUCUCAGAAGCAAACAAACAAACACUUCCCAUGCCGACGCCCGUCGCCGCCGCCCGCCAAUGCCUCACGCAGGAAUCGGCGGCCGUCCUCGACGAGGCCGUGGCCGUCGCGCGCCGCCGCGGCCACGCUCAGACGACCUCUCUCCACAUGGUCUCCUCGCUCCUGUCGCUCCCGAAUUCGUCCCUCCGUGAAGCCUGCGGAAGGACUCGGAGCAAUGCUUACUCCACCAGAGUUCAAUUCAAGGCGCUGGAGCUCUCAUUGAGCGUGUCGCUGGAUCGAUUGCAGGCGGGGAAGGGCGAGGAGCGGGAGCCGCCGGUGGCGAACUCGCUCAUGGCGGCGAUCAAGCGGUCGCAGGCGAAUCAGCGGCGGCAGCCGGAGAAUUUCAGCUUCUACCAGCAGCAGCAGCAGCAGUACUCGUCGUUCUCGUCGGUUCCGGUGGUGAAGGUGGAGCUGCGGAAUCUGAUCGUUUCGAUUUUAGACGAUCCGCUUGUGAGCAGAGUGUUCGGAGAGGCGGGAUUCAGGAGCUGCGACAUCAAAUUGGCGACGCUGCGGCCGGGGAUUGGGGGUUUCCACUCGUCGCAGGUGUAUGGUUGUACCUCGAGGUACAAGCGGCCUGGUGCGCCUGUGUUUUUGUGCAAUUUGAACGGCGAGGGCGAUUUGGGGAAUUUGAAUGGGGGGAGGGGUUUUAGCUUUCCGUUUAUGGGGUGUUUCGCGGGGGACGACAGCUGUAGGAGGAUAGGUGAGGUUAUGGCGAGGGACAGGAAGAGAUGCCCGCUUUUGUUGGGGAUUUCUGCAGGAGAUGCUCUGGCAGCUUUUUUGGAAACCGUGCGAGGCGGAAGCGGCGGCGCGUUGCCGGAGGGGAUGAGCGGGCUGCGCGUGGAGCGCGUGAGGGAUGAGAUUUCGAGGUAUUUGAGGUGUGAUUGCGAUGAGGAGGUGUUGGGGCUGAGGCUGAAGGAAGUGGAGAGGGCGGCGGAGGGCGGAGGGAGCGGUGGCGUGGUGGUGGAUUUUGGGGAUUUGGGGAAUUUGGUGGGGGAGGGCGUGGGUGCGGAGAGGUUGAAGUUUGUGGUGGGGAAUUUGGGGAAAUUGGUGGUUGGUGGUGGUGGGAGGAUUGGGAAGGUGUGGCUGAUUGGAAUGGCGGCGACGUAUGAGGUGUAUUUCAAGAUUUUGAACAGGUUUCCCUCCAUUGAAGAGGAUUGGGAGCUCGGUGUUUUGCCUAUUACUUCCUUCAAGUUCGCCAUGGGAGGCUCCUACCCUAGGUCCAGCUUGAUGGAGUCUUUUGUUCCGCUGGGCGGGUUCUUCUCAAUGCCACCAGAGACGAAGAGCCCCUUGAGCAACGGGUGCCAUGUGGCUCGUUGCCAGCUAUGCAACGACAAGUGCGAACAAGAAGUGGCCGCAUUAUCAAGCAGUGCAUCUCCACCUGCUGAGAACCAUCAAUCUAUUGGUUCCAUAAAGGGCACAGAUGAUAGAGUGUUACUGAACACCAAAAUUGAGGGGCUGCAGAAGAAAUGGGACGCCAUCUGCCAGCAACACCACAUGGGACGAGGUCAUGCUCACCAAUCGAGCAAUCAAGUCCCACGUGUUCUUGGCUUCCAAGUCAGGAGAGGGAAUGAUGGUAGCGACAAUGAGUCGUCAAACAGCCAAGGAAACAAGAAUCAAGAAUCCUCAACCCUGUCCACUCACCUACAAAAGAGCUCCUCUUUCAAAGAACUCACCUCAAAAUCUGGUGAAAUACCUCCCAAGUUCAAAUCUCCACAUCUUGAUCCUUCAACCGCCAGCGCAGAUGAUGAUCGUACCUCUCCAUCUUCAGUUACCUCAGUCACUACUGAUCUAGGGUUGGCCAUAGCGGAUGCAUUCACCCCCACCAUCUCAAACUGUCAAUCUGAUAUAGUGAAAGAUCCCAAGCUGCUCUACAGAGCUCUCCUUGAAAGAGUCAGUCAUCAAGAAGAGGCAGUUAGAUCCAUAGUUGAAGCUCUAACGCGAGGACUCGGUCGUGGGAACGUAUGGAUCAACAUGAGGGGAGCUGAUGGAUUAAGCAAGAAGAAGCUGGGUCUGGCGAUGGCGGAGGUAAUGUACAGAAGCAGAGAAAGCCUUAUCUAUGUGGACUUGAGUUUCCAAGAAGAGAUGAGUCAAGUAGAUGCUUUGUUCAAUGCCCAAAUCAGUAACAAAUAUGAGCUAACAAUGAGAGGUACUGUCGUGGAUUACUUGGUCGAGAAGCUCAGCAAGAAGCCGGCUGUUGUCUUCCUCGACAAUGUCGACAAAGCUGAUCCCGUGGUCCAGAAUACCCUGCUGCAGGCUGCCAAGACCGGCCGGUUCACAGACUGGUGCGGGCGAGAAGUGAGUGUCAGCAGCUGCGUGUUUCUCGGAGCCACGAGGCUUCUCUCGGAAGGAGACACGUGCGAAGACGAGGAACAUGUGGCCAGCGUGAGGGGAAGUGCGAUGCAGAUAGUGGUGAGAUUCGAUCUGAGCGAUGAUCCCACCGCGAAUAAAAGGAAGUUGGUCGGGCAGGAAAGGAGUAGCAUCAUCACCAGCAACAGCAGCAGCAGCCACGAAACCGGGAAACGUGCACACAAGGCGUUGAAGUCCUACCUAGACUUGAACCUCCCAGCCGAAGGGAGUGAGAUAUGCAACACGAUGGGAUCGGAGUCUGAAUCCAGCUCUGACAACUCAAACUCAAACUCGUGGCUGGAGGAGCUGGACAGGGAAGUGAACGAAACAGUGGUGUUCAAGCAGUUCGAUUUCUCCACACUCGAGAAGAAGGUGUUUGAAAGCAUGGCGGGGUGCCUUCGAGACGUGGUCGGGUGCGAAUGCGCGGUCGAGAUAGAGGGGAAGGCGAUGCGGCAGAUUGUGGGGGCUGCAUACUUGUAUGGGGGAAAGAUAGUGGAGGAUUGGAUUGGGAGUGUUGUGAGGGAGGGAUUUGUGGGAGCCAUGGGGAAGUAUAGCCUGAGUAGCCGGUCGAUCGUUCGAGUCGACGUCGUCGGGGAGGAGCAGCGGCAAGGGCUGCUGCCGGCCAGAGUUGCAGUCAAGUAGAUUUAGAUUGUUGAUGAAGUAGAUGUGUAUUUUGUAGUAGUUGAAGAUGUGGAUUUGCAGGUGAUUAAGCAGUUGUGGUAUUUUAGCUAGGUAUAUUAUAUAAUUAUAUAUAAAUGUAGGAGUAUGUGCUUGUGAUCCAUCCCUAGCUAUUGCAGAUGGAUGUAAUUUUAUUGUAAGAUGAAAUAUAGUAAGUAGAUAAA